AUGCAACACAACAUCUUUCAGACAAUGCGUAGCAUGAAGAUCAUGGACGGUUGCAGGGGCACUCAGGUCUAUGCUAUCAAUCCCUCCUCCGGCACCGGCAGUGGACUUGGCGAAAAGCUUUUCCAACAACUCCACGACCACUUUAAGGCCCAAACCCUUAGGACCAAAUCCAAUCGGAACUUCCAAACUCCGAAUUCAACGCCACCUUCCGAGGCUUCAUUCUCUGAUGGAUCUCUCCUCCCCUAUGGUCUCCCCAUGACAGACCUCCUUGAACCCAAAAUCGAACCGUCCCUCAUGUCUGUCGACUUCGUGGAAACCCUCGCUAGCGUCUAUCGUCGAGCUGAGGAGCGCCCUCAGUUCGAGCGCACUGAGGUCUUCCUUGAGCAAUGCACCAUCUUCCGCGGAUUAGCAGACCCGAAGCUCUUCCGUCGAAGCCUUCGCGCCGCUCGACAACAUGCUACUAACGUGCAUGUUAAGGUUGUGCUCGCCGCGUGGCUGCGCCACGAGCGCCGCGAGGACGAGCUCAUCGGCUCGUCUUCUAUGGACUGCAGCGGGAGGAACCUGGAGUGUCCUCGCGCCUCACUGGAGCCAGGCUAUGACCCAGAGUCAGUGUUUGAUCAUUGCGCGUGCACACGCGCAUGUGCAAGAGAUUAUGAUAGUUAUGAUGGUAAUAGUGAAAUGACGCUAGAGGUUGAUGAUGAGCAAGGCUCCAUUUCGGAGGAAGAGGAUGGUGACAUGUCAUUUAUUGUUGGUGAAGAUGAAAUUAGGUGUAGGAGGUUCAAUAUAGCCUCACUUUCAAGGCCCUUUAAGACAAUGUUGUAUGGUGAAUUCAUAGAGUCAAGGAGGGAGAAAAUUAAUUUUUCACAGAAUUGUUUUUCUGUUGAGGCAUUGACUGCUGCGGAGGAGUUUAGUAGAAGUCAGAGGUUGAGCCAUUUGGAGCCUAAGGUUGUUUUGGAGUUGUUGUCUUUGGCGAAUCGUUUUUGUUGUGAGGAGAUGAAGCAUGCUUGUGAUUCACAUUUGGCAUUUCUAGUUUGUGACAUAGACGAUGCCUUGUUGCUUGUUGAUUAUGGAUUAGAGGAGACUGCAUACCUUCUUGUGGCAGCUUGCUUGCAGGUGUUUCUCCGAGAGCUCCCCGGUUCAAUGCAAAGUUCGAGUGUCAUGAAGAUAUUUUGUAGUCCAGAGGGCAGGGAUAGGCUGGCUAUGGCGGGGCACGCGUCAUUUGUUUUGUAUUAUUUUUUAAGUCAGAUUGCGAUGGAGGAAGAGAUGAGAUCUAAUACAACUGUGAUGUUGUUGGAGAGGUUAGUGGAGUGUGCAAAUGAUGGUUGGGAGAAGCAAAUUGCGUUUCACCAAUUGGGCGUUGUUAUGCUUGAGAGAAAAGAAUACAAAGAUGCACAACAUUGGUUUGAGUUAGCAGUGGAGGCAGGACAUGUUUAUUCAUUGGUGGGAGUUGCAAGGGCCAAAUAUAAGCGUGGUCACACGUAUUCAGCAUAUAAAUUGAUGAACUCACUUAUUUCUGAUCAUAAACCAGUUGGUUGGAUGUAUCAAGAAAGGUCUUUGUAUUGUGUUGGGAAGGAGAAACAAAUGGACUUGCUAUCUGCAACUGAGUUAGAUCCAACUCUUUCCUUUCCUUAUAAAUUUCGAGCUGUUUCUUUGUUGGAGGAAAAUAAGAUUGAACCUGCCAUUGCAGAAAUCAAUAAAGUAAUCGGUUUCAAGGUUUCUCCAGAUUGCCUUGAACUGAGAGCUUGGUUCUUGAUUGCCAUGGAGGAUUAUGAAGGAGCCCUUAGGGAUAUUCGGGCAAUUUUGACCUUGGAUCCAAAUUAUAUGAUGUUUUAUGGGCAUAUGCAUGGUGAACACUUGGUAGAACUUCUCAGUCCUGUUGUUCAACAGUGGUGCCAGGCUGAUUGUUGGAUGCAGUUGUAUGAUCGGUGGUCCUCUGUUGAUGAUAUUGGUUCCUUGGCUGUUGUCCACCAAAUGUUAGCAAAUGAUCCGGGAAAAAGUCUUCUACGUUUUCGACAAUCUCUCCUUUUGUUACGGUUGAAUUGUCCAAAGGCUGCAAUGCGUAGUUUGCGGAUGGCUAGAAAUCAUUCUUCUUCUGACCAUGAAAGACUUGUAUAUGAAGGAUGGAUAUUGUAUGACACUGGUCAUCGUGAAGAAGCAUUAGCAAAGGCUGAGGAAUCCAUUUCAAUUCAAAGAUCAUUUGAAGCUUACUUUCUCAAAGCUUAUGCACUGGCUGACUCAAAUCUUGAUUCAGAGUCUUCUAAGUAUGUGAUUCAUCUCUUAGAGGAAGCUCUUAGAUGCCCUUCAGAUGGCCUUCGGAAAGGACAAGCACUGAAUAAUCUAGGGAGUGUGUAUGUAGACUGUGACAAACUAGACCUUGCCGCUGACUGCUACAUGAAUGCCCUCAACAUCAAGCAUACGCGAGCACAUCAAGGGUUGGCACGUGUAUAUCAUCUUAAAAACCAUCGCAAAGCAGCAUAUGAUGAGAUGACAAAGCUAAUAGAAAAGGCUCGAAGUAAUGCAUCAGCAUAUGAGAAACGUUCAGAAUAUUGUGAUCGUGAGAUGGCAAAGAGUGAUCUUAGUAUGGCAUCACAGUUGGAUCCUCUCAGGACUUAUCCUUACAGAUAUAGGGCAGCAGUUUUGAUGGAUGAUCACAAGGAAGCUGAGGCAAUAGCAGAGCUUUCAAGAGCCAUUGAUUUUAAGCCAGAUUUACAAUUAUUACAUCUUCGAGCAGCAUUUUAUGACUCAAUGAGUGAUUAUUUUUCUGCAGUUCGGGACUGUGAAGCAGGUCUCUGUCUUGAUCCUAAUAAUAGUGAAAUUCUUGAUCUUUGUAAUAAAGCACGAGAGCAUAAUAGAGAACAAAAGUGGUAG